CAAAGCUCAUUUUCUAGGGAACAAAUGGAAAAAUAACCACAGCAAAAAAAACCCCUCACUGCAAAGCAGAAAGCAAAUUUUCAUGUAACUAACAAAACCGUGCCUUACAGGAGAGUCUUCUACCCACACAACCUUUUUUAUGCAAGACUGGUGCGUCUUCCCAAACCUGGAUGUUUGCUGGCACCAUAAUGAACACUGCUGGAACCAGUGCUUGUGAGGUUACCAUUUGGUUGGUAUCUACCACUAGAAUGGCCUAAAUGAAACGCUACUUUGAAACAUCGGUAGAGCAAAGCGACGUGGGAUUAGUUAAUGAAAUUCCGCAAAGUGAUGAUCAAUAAACGUAGAAUCUUACAGUUUGGACAUGGAUCAUUAAUUCUUAAAGGAAGGUUAGCACUCAAAAAUUAUUGUUUCAAAUGAAUCUAAUUUCUCCAUAUAGCAACAGCUCUGGAGUGUUUGUACUAAGUCUUGGAGUAUCAGCUCGAAUGCGCUUGGAAUCGGAUGGAAUAAUGGAAGGAAAUUCCCCAGGACGUCUCCCAGGCCUCCUGACACUGCACUGUGCAAUUGGGAAAACGAUCAUGGACUUCAAUUUGUCAAAUGAAAAGGAUGCCCAAGCCAGUGGCAGCGAUGAGAACUUGGAGCGUGGCAACUGGUCAAACAAAGCCGACUACCUGCUCUCCAUGGUGGGCUAUGCUGUGGGCCUGGGCAACGUCUGGCGGUUCCCCUACCUCACCUACCAGAAUGGCGGAGGUGCUUUUCUAAUCCCGUACACCCUGAUGUUGGCCUUAGCUGGCUUGCCCUUAUUUUUCAUGGAAUGUUCCCUUGGGCAGUUUGCCAGUCUCGGGCCAGUUUCCGUCUGGAGAAUAUUACCAUUGUUUCAAGGAGUGGGCAUCACGAUGGUCAUCAUCUCAACAUUUGUGACGAUCUACUACAACGUGAUCAUUGCUUACGCGCUCUAUUACUUAUUUGCCUCGUUUCAAAAAGUGCUGCCGUGGUCAGACUGCUUUUCCUGGGCAGACGAGUUCUGCAGCAAAACACGAUUAGUAAGCAACUGCAACGCAACCUUAGAUGGAGAAAUCAUUCACGCAAACUACUCGUUCAUCACAAACAACAACCUCACGUGUAUGAACGGCACCAUAAACUACAAGCCAGUGCAGUUUCCCAGUGAGCAGUACUGGAAUAAAGUGACUCUCCAGCGCUCCAGUGGGUUGGAUGAGACCGGGAACAUCGUGUGGUACCUGGCGCUCUGCCUCCUUCUUUCCUGGAUGAUAGUUGGAGCUGCCUUGUUUAAAGGAAUAAAAUCUUCUGGAAAGGUCGUCUACUUUACCGCACUCUUCCCAUACGUCAUCCUGCUCAUCUUGCUGGUGCGAGGUGCCACCCUGGAAGGUGCUCGGGACGGCAUCGAAUACUACAUUGGGACACAGUCCAACAUCACCAAGCUGAUGGAGGCAGAGGUUUGGAAAGAUGCAGCCACCCAGAUAUUCUACUCCCUGUCUGUGGCAUGGGGCGGGCUCGUUGCUUUGUCUUCCUACAAUAAGUUCCACAACAACUGCUACUCAGAUGCUAUUAUGGUUUGUGUAACCAACUGCCUCACCAGCAUAUUUGCUGGGUUUGCAAUAUUCUCCAUCUUGGGACACAUGGCAUUCGUGUCCAAGAGACCCGUCUCGGAGGUGGUGGACUCAGGAUUUGAUCUGGCAUUUGUAGCCUACCCAGAGGCUCUCUCCAAGUUACCAGUUUCUCCUCUGUGGUCCUUCUUGUUUUUCUUCAUGCUCGUGCUCUUGGGCCUUGACUCUCAGUUUGCCUCCAUAGAAACACUUACAACCACCAUACAUGAUAUAUACCCCGAAGCGAUGAAAAAGUUAAGAGUCCCUAUAACCCUGGGGGUGUGCAUAUUGCUCUUCUUUCUCGGUCUUAUCUGUGUUACUCAGGCAGGAAUUUACUGGGUUAACCUAAUAGACCACUUUUGUGCUGGAUGGGGAAUCCUUAUUGCAGCUGUCCUGGAGAUAAUAGGCAUCGUCUACAUUUACGGAGGAAACAGGUUCAUUGAAGACAUCGAAAUGAUGAUUGGAAAGAAGAGCCGUUUGUUCUGGCUGUGGUGGAGAGCGUGCUGGUUUUUCAUUACUCCUGUGCUGUUAAUGGCAAUUUUGGUCUGGUCUUUGGUCACGUUUUCAACUCCUACUUAUGGCUCAGUGUUAUAUCCAACCUGGGGAACCGUUGUUGGCUGGUGCAUGAUUAUCUUCUGUGUCAUCUGGAUCCCUGUCAUCGCUAUUGUAAAAAUAGCUAAAGCUGAAGGAAACCUUUGUCAGCGCAUUGUAAGCUGCUGCAGGCCGGCUGCAAACUGGGGUCCCUACCUGGAAUGUCACCGAGGAGAAAGAUACAGCCAUGUUGUAGAUCCCAAAAAGGAAAAGGAACAUGAGAUUCCUACUGUGUCCGGCUUCGUCUACACUCAACAAUGAGCUGGCUGUUUGGAUGACAAAUUUUUAACGUGUGGGGUGUUUUUUUUUUUUUCUUUAACUAUUAGAAAGUGACAAUGCAAAAGAACAAGAAAAAGCAAAUCAAUCAUCUGCCCUUCAAAAUCCAGCCCCCAAAUGAAAGUGAGCCCUGUUUUUUUUUUUCUUUUUAGUGCUGUAUGUUUGGGGAGGAGCGGGUGAAUUAGACACUGAGAUCUCCCCGGAGACUUAGGUUGAGAGGGCAGGAAAAUGCAUUGCAGCUCCCCAGCCUGAGGGACGGGGCGUGCUGGAGAUACCUCAUCCAACCCCUGUCCAGCUGGACUGCAGGUACAGGCAUGGAAGAGAAUAAAGACACGUUCUGGUGCUCCCCACCUGCAGGGAAUUUGAGGCCAAGGUGCUGUGCUGGCGUGCCCCGGUGCUGCCCGUGGAGAUGAGCGGGUGGGCGCUGUAGCUCAGGGAACAGGAAUCAUUUUGCUCUGUCUAAGCCUCGCUCAGCGCUGUGAGGCUGCUCAGGAGUUGAUGUUGACUACAGUGUGUGUGUGUGUGUGUGUGUGUGUGUGUGUGUGUGUGUGUUGUCUGUGCAUCUAAAUAUUGAGUGGCAAAAAAUUGCCAUCGCAGGAAAUAAGGCCUUAACAUGGUGAAAAGCAGGCUGCUUUCUAUUUCUCAUUAUUCCCCUUGGGAUCCCCAAAGAGCCAUCUUUUGUGUCGUGCCCCAUGCUCAGCAUUCAUCUGCUAUAGCUCCAAAAAUCCCCUGUUUCCAUAUUCUACCACUGUAGAAUGAAAGAGCAACCAUUGAUUUCUGGUGCAUCUGCUCUCCUGCUCUCACCAAGGCUUCACCUGUCUGUUUGUUCUCUGCAUCUUUCACUCAGCCUUGGGUCUUCCCUUCCCAAGGAGACCCCGAGCGCUUUUUAAAGAUACAAACAGUGUUAUCGGUGUUGCGGCAGAGACAAAAGAAGCAGACCUUUACCCCAAGUGAAGGUUACAACUGCCUUGUAAUGCUGUUACCCCAAAAUUUGCUGAAAUCAUGAGAUAAUUGAAAAGUUAGGAAGUUUGUAAUGCAUUCGGGAACACAGACUGCUGCUUCUGCCUUAUGUGCUGGAGGGGCUUAGGUUAAGAGAACCUGACUUCACUUGUAGCGUAAGUGAAUUCCUGAUCAAGGAAAAAAGACCUAUGGAUUGAAUGAAUGCAUUUUGUGUGCUGAGGAAUGCCUCUCUUACUGUGAUUAUGGUUCCUUGGGAACAAUGCAGCAGGGUUUCGGGUUGUCACUUCCUCUCAGGGCUUUGUUACUGUUUCUGGACAUGAAGGAGUGUGGAUAGUGGCUUGUUGCCCAAGCUGCAUGCCUUGGUGUAUGUUUUAUACUGGCGUUUUUGUGACAAAUUAAGAC